UCUAUUUCAGUAGGGAAUAGAAGACACAGGCAAACAAGUUGAACUGUCCAGCACCCGUGUUAAUGGAUUUUUCAAUCAGUGUGGACUCCACCCCUUCUGUACAACUCCUUCCAUAUCUGUACACAGUAGUUGGUUUGUAGAGAGCCAGUGCUUUAUAGCCAAAGUGGAAGAAUAUCAAAUUCAACCAAGAAAACAAAGCAUUUGUUAAGUAAACAGUAAGGAGCUCUGGAGAGUGGGACCUGCAGGUCCCAAGGCCUCGGUCCCUGAUGGUCCAGUUAUGUUUUGAUUUAUGUCAGCCUGUAAUUGCCCGUGUUUUGACCCAAGAGAGGCUUGUGUGGGAAGUUUGUCUGUGAGAUAGAGCUGGAGCACUGCUGUUCUGCAGAGUGUCUGCAGCUAAGUGGAUGGAGUGUCCCCCCUCAGGCUCCGAUAAGUCGGGAAAGCGCCCACUCUGCUCAGCGGGCAGGCGCAGCGGAGCUGCUCAAUCUACGCACUUCUGUGAGGAAGAAGACAGACCACAGUCACACCACCCAGUUGUUUUGCUCUGAAAGUGUCUGACCCUGCUGAAGCAGACAAAACUGGAAACUGGACUAGAGAAUGGCCGCUACCUACGUCACUGCAUCUGAUGGGUGUUGUCUCGCUGAGCCCACGCAGUAUUACGAUAUUUUGCCAGAACAAAUCCCUUAUCAGCUGCGUGACACCGAUUUCCAAGACCCACCCUAUUGCCGGUAUUCCACUGCUCAGUUCCCUCCAGCUUUACAGUCCCCAUCUUUGCAAAGCCAUUUCCACACCUAUGGCUUGGAUCCACAGUACGGUGGUGGUGGAUGGUGUGGACUUGAUGCUCGGGAAUCCAGUCAGUCCACUUACAUGGUUGUUCAGGAUGAUGAAGACGGAUUCCCUGGGAUGCAAAGGUCCCCACCAACUUGUUCUUUACGCUGGAAGGGACAAGAUGAGCUCUGCGUGGUCUGUGGUGAUAAGGCGUCAGGAUAUCACUACAAUGCACUUACCUGUGAAGGCUGCAAAGGUUUUUUCCGACGAAGCAUCACCAAAAAUGCAGUUUACAGUUGCAAGAAUGGUGGCCACUGUGAAAUGGAUAUGUACAUGCGCAGAAAAUGCCAAGAGUGCAGACUGAAGAAGUGUAAGGCCGUGGGGAUGCUGGCAGAAUGUUUGCUCACAGAGGUCCAGUGUAAGUCAAAGAGACUUCGUAGGAACUUCAAGCAGAAGAUGGCUCUUCACUCUGACAUCCUAGUGGAAGAUGAAGGAGCAGACAGCAAGCUUGUAUCAUCCACCACCAGAUCUGGAAGAGGGGUUCAGGAAAGCAUGAUGCUAACCCAAGAGGAACAUCAUCUUAUGAGUACCAUAGUGACUGCUUAUCAAAAAUUCAUGAUUCCUUUAGGGGAAACAAGCACACUUCUGCAGGAAUUUUCCAACCCUGAACUAAGUUUUCUGAGACUCUCAGAGGGAGCAGUCCUACACAUACAUGGGCUGAUGAGUUUUACCAAGGGACUCCCAGGAUUUGAAAACUUAACCAAUGAGGAUCAGACUGUAUUACAGAAGGAGUCAAAAACUGAAGUGAUGUUUCUUCAUGUAGCCCAACUUCACAGUGGGAAAGCAUCAACCUCUGGAAGUGCUAUGAGGCCAUCAAAGCCCUCAGCUCGGACACUGGAGGUGCAUAAUCAGAGCAGUGAUGACAAUGUUUAUUCUUUGGAGAACUCUUUCAAGGAAGACAGUCCUGCUGCUACUCUAACUGGUAUUACUAAAGAAUUUAUUGCCUCACUGUCUUACUUCUACAGAAGAAUGAGUGAACUUAAUAUAACGGAUACCGAAUAUGCUCUGCUUACAGCAACCACAGUGCUUUUCUCAGAUCGUCCAUGCCUUAAAAAUAAGCAGCAUGUAGAAAACUUACAAGAACCAGUUCUACAACUUUUGUUUAAAUAUUCGAAACUAUACCAUCCAGAAGAACCACAGCGUUUUGCUCACUUCAUAGGAAGGCUUACUGAACUGCGGACUCUGAGUCACAGGCACUCAGAAAUCCUCAGCACUUGGAAAACAAAGGACCCCAGACUGGUUCCAUUAUUCUCUGAAAAAUGGAAUUUGUACACACUUUACUGAAAAUGUAGUAUGUUGAGGUUUGUCUCAAAAUUUCAAAACCACAAUUGGAUGACUGAUUUGAAAACUGUAAUUAUGCAUCACCAUAAAAUGGAGAAAUGAAGGGCUCAUCCUCAUCAGAUUUUGUGGAAUUUUCGACUCUCAAUAGAGGAACACCCUAGGAUUCUUCUCAAUGGAGCCAUGGGGUGGCAUAAUCCUUGUACUUGGGAGAUGGACGACAAUAAGAUCCCGAGUUCAAGGCCAUCCUGGGCUAUAUAGUAAGACCUCAUCUCAGAAGAAGAAAGAGAAGAACUGGUGGUCAUUGUUUCUUCAUGAGUCCUUACCUAAAGAAACUAAUUUUUUUCCACUUAGCUGAAAAUAUCUAAUGUGUAAAUGUGAACAAAGGUUAGUUGUAUUAGGAUAAGGCAGUGUGUGUGUGUGUGCCUCACUGAUUAAGGACACGCUGAUGGAAUAAGAAGCUGAUGCUUAAACCUCUUCUUGUCACAGCAUUUCAUGAGUGAUUAAAGAGGAACAAGACCUUUUCGAAUUGUA